CUCGUUUUAUGCUUGAAGGUUUGCCCGUUCGGAGCUGAUCCACUACGACGGUUUUGCAUGCACCCGCAGAAAACAAUGACAGGAUUUGUGGAGGGGCACUUCCGACGACGAUUUUGCUGGGCUGUAUCAUCAACUACCAAGAGCAUACAAUUAUCUGUGAAAGACCACCCCGGCAAAGCGCUCAAAUUGCUCGGCACUUCUGGGAAAACCUGGACAGAGAGCAUGCCGCCAAAACAAGCGUCGUCGACGCAGAGGCGGAUCAAGAUAACCGCCUCGAAGCAGAUUCGCAACCGGUCACGUCGGCAGCGCCAGGAGAAAGCGGCCGUUGGCAACGACGAUGGCGGCUCCGGGACCGACACUGAAGGUGGUGAUGACGAUGCUGUCGACAGCGCCGCCGUCCAGGAUGAGCAGCGGCACCAGCAGCGGCUCCUGGACAUCUUCCGGGACUCUUUCAGGGCCAACCUCGAAGAUGACGGCUUCACCACAGUCCUCCAGGAGAUCAAACAGGCGCUUUACGAGCGGGAGUUUGAGCGCGCGUUCGCCGAGCCGCGUAAUCUCGAAGUCUAUGCUGCUCGGUGGAGUCCUACGAGGGCCUUGUGCUAUGCUCGCAUAUUUGACGAGAUCCGGGAUGAACUCGAAGGGAUGUUGCAGGGCACAUUGGGCGAACCACACGAGUCUUCUGAUGAGGCGGAAGAUGACGCUGCAGCCGAGGAGGACCAAAAGAACAACACAGCGUACGACGAUGACACCGCCGACGCAGGACUUGCUGCCCAAGCUCAAAAUCUAGAUAUCACGAACGACGGCCAGGUCGACGAAGGAGACGAAAACUCAACGGCACCCGGAAGCCUGCCGCUGCGACUUCUCGCUAUAGGUGGUGGAGCAGCCGAGCUCGUCGCGUUUGCCUCGCACGUAUCCCGCCUCCCGGCAGACCAGUCCGGGCACGCCACAUUACUAGAUGUAGGCCCGUGGGGUGAAGUCGUCCAGACACUUCACAAGCAGGUGACGACACCGCCAGUUCUGUCCAAAUAUGCCAAUGCGGCGGCAAAGGCUGCCAAUGCAGCCCUGAUAACACCUGCGGAGCGCUUCUCUUCCUCCUUUGUCCACAAGGAUGUCCUCGACGUGGCCAGUUCGGCGGCGGACCUGCAGCAACUGCUCGCCCACAACGUUGGUCCCGACAUCCAGGGGCCGCAUUCUCCGGCUGCCGAGGUCGCGGAGCAGACUCCCCAAUCUGUUGCUCCUCUUCCCACCUCGACUCCAGUCAAGACCACUGCCCAGCCUCUCCUGAUCACGCUUCUCUUCACCCUCAACGAGUUGUACACAACCUCCGGCAUCGGCAAGACGACCAAGUUCCUGCGCAAUCUCACCGCCGUCGUGGUACCCGGCACGCUGCUCCUCGUGGUGGACAGCCCCGGCUCGUACUCGGAGGCCAGCGUCGGCAAGGAGGGCGCCAAGAAGAAGUAUCCCAUGCAGUGGCUCCUGGAUCACACGCUACUGCACUCCUCGCAAGAGCGCAGUCGGCGCACGGUCAAGGACAAGGAAAAGGAGGUCGGGGUGGAGACGACACCGUUGCAGCAACAAAAGACGCGAGGUGUCGGCGGUGAGGAGGAGAAGCCACAGGAGCCGCAGAGUAUACCGUCGUCUGAAGGGCCAGCCGCGGACGAGACAAACGAAGACGCUGGCGGCGGGCCUGCCAGGGAAGAGAGAAGAGAAGCAGACGAGGCCAAGAAAGUGGGUAUCACUUGGGAGAAGAUUGAAGAGCAUUCGCAUGAUUCUGUCUGGUUCCGUAUGCCAGAAGGACUGCGGUACCCGAUUCCCCUUGAGAACAUGCGGUACCAGAUGCAUAUGUAUCGAGCGGUCUAGGAUAACGCAAUAUCUUUGGCAAACAGUCAAGACGGUGCUCUCAGGUCCAUGAAUCACAAGGCAUGAUCUACUGAAAAUAUGACCAUGCAUAUAUUGUCAGAAAGUGCACGAACUGAUACUCACGAAUCGGACUGCCGUUGAUGAGGCGCCACACUUCCUCAUCGCCG